UAGUACAUUUUAAUACAUCUCACUGUUAGUAAAAUAUGAACUGAUUAAAUGAGAGUAUUAGACAUGUUAGCUAUUAUCUAUUAGCUGCUAUUUAAUGUAAAAAAUGGGCAGUUUGUGAUUGUAUCUUCAUUUAGUGCAUCAGUGUGUCUGGUUGAGUGAAGUGCGAGGAACCGGGAGGCCAGAGUGACAAUAACAGCACACUCGCUAUCAACCCUGAUGGACUGACAGAGAGAAUAGGCCCUUUAGUCACUUCAGCCGCCGAUGAAAACAUAAUUCCUGCCUUCAGUCCCACACUGAGUUCAGACAUUAUUGAGCGAUGACAGAGACAGAUCAAGCCAUGAGGAGACGAGUGGGAAAUCGUAAAAGCGGCUCAUGUUUCUGCCUCCAUAAAAAAGAUUUGUUCAGCGCAUUGAGAUUGUGAUGGAUUUUCCCAUGUUGUCCAGGACAGCUCUUUUUGUUUAAGGCUUCUGAUAAUGGCUCAUUGUUUUGGCUGCAGUAGAGGCCCGUGGUGCGGGCGGCCCUGUGGAGAUGCCAGGCUGCCCAUUCACUCACCGGCAGCAGGCCGAAACGCAUGGAGCGCAGCUCACCUGCAUCAGGGGACUGAGGUGUUGAAAUGGAGUGGAUAUGUGUUCCUCUUCUGCUUUUCAGUGGGAUUCAUUUAGCUUUUACACAAUUCAAUGGAUUCAACUGUGAUCCAAACCACCACAGCAGAUUCCCUGGCGACAGAGAUAUCAGUGUAUACUGUGGUGUUCAGACAAUCACACUAAAGAUUAACCUCUGUCCUGUGCUGUACUCUGGAUACACUGAUGCCGACCUGGCACUGAACGGACGUCAUGGAGAAGUCCAUUGCCGAGGCUUCAUAAACAACAACACUUUCCCCACAGCUGUGCUCUUCAGUAUCAGCCUGAGCACACUGGAGGCCUGUGGGAACACGCUGGUGGUUUCUACAACUCAAGGUUUCAAUGCUUAUGGGAACAUCUCUAUGGUGCAGAUGGGGAAUAUAUCGGGCUACAUUGACACCCCAGACCCUCCAACUGUCAUCAGUUACCUGCCAGGUCUGCAGUAUAAAUUCAGCUGUAGUUAUCCUCUGGAGUACCUGCUCAACAACAGCCAGCUGGCAUCCUCAUCUGCUGCGAUAUCAGUGAAAGACAACAAUGGCACUUUCCUGAGCACACUCAGUUUGGUGCUUUACAAUGAUUCAACAUUCAAUCAGUUGAUCUCUAUACCAAUGUCUGGCCUGUCCUUGAAAACUCGUGUGUUUGCUGCAGUUAAAGCUACAAAUCUGGACAGGAGGUGGAAUGUUCUGAUGGAUCACUGUUACGCCACCCCCUCUGGGAACCCUAAUGAUGAGAUACGCUAUGACCUUUUCUUUGGGUGCUACAAGGAUCCACAGACAACUGUUUUUGAGAAUGGAAAAAGUCAAAUGGGCCGCUUUGCAUUUGAAGUCUUCCGUUUUGUGAAACAUAAGAACCAGAAGAUGUCCACUGUGUUUCUGCAUUGUGUGACAAAGCUGUGUCGAGCAGAUGACUGUGGAAUACUAUUGCCGAUCUGUGGAAAUCGCAGGAGGAGAGACACUGUGGAUGAGAAUGCAGUAUCAGGUUCAUCCUCAGGGGAUGCCGUCAUAACCGCAGGUCCCAUAAUCACUAGGAGUGAUGAAACUCCAACCAACAACUCGCAUCCCGUGAGCAGUUCCUCCAAGCACCUGAAUGCUGUAACCAGUGCCUUGAUAUCGGGUUUGGUUGUGCUGGGUGUGACGAGCCUGGGUCUCUUCAUGCUCUCCCUCAGGCUGCUCAGGAAGCCCAGCCCUUCUAGUCUGACAGGGGCCUGGAACCCCAGCUUCAGAUGACCUUCAUUCUUGGACCAUGAGAGCAUUGAAUUCUGUCAACAAUAUUUGGUCAUAUUCCUAUCAUUGCAUUUUAAUCAGAUCCUCAGUGCUGCUUUCUUAUGUCCCAAAAUUGGCAUUGGGCUGCUUUUACAAACAUGUUUCCCUAUUUGAUAAUAAAUGAAUCUAAUAGUCCCUAA